AUGCCUCACAAGCACAAGAGGAAGCGCGAGAACGAUAAGGAGCACUAUGAUCUCCCUCCCUCCAAAAUCGCCAAAUCUCUGUCCACCUACGAGAAAACGGAAAAAGUCCAACUGAAGCGCGGCGCCUCGAGACCCAAGCCCAAGGUCAACUCCAAGCGAAAGAGCGAUGCCACAUCCGCCUACACAUCCGACGACACGCCCCGCGCCUUUGCCCGAAUGAUGCACCUCCAACAAGCCGGCAAACGACAGCGAAACGGUCUCGACGAUGGCAUCAGCAAGAAGCCUCCCAAAAAGAAGACCGCGCCGCGCACCACCACCACUACCACCUCAACCUCCUCUCCGUCCGGCAAUAUGGAAACCGACGCCGACGACAUAGCCGAACAAAAACAAGUCGAAGACACUGCCUCCAAGCUCAAAAUCCAACCCGGCGAACGCCUCUCCGACUUCGCCGCCCGCGUCAACCAAGCCCUCCCCUUAAGCGGCAUAUCCCAAAACCGCAAAAAAGUCCCCGGCGGUGCAAAAGAACGACAAACCAAAACGGAAAAACGUCUACAUAAAAUGUACGCCGAAUGGAGAGAAAUGGAUCAAAAACGCAAAGCUGCCGAAGAAGAAUUUCUCGAACGGCAAGAACAAAAAGAUGAAGAAUUGCAGAAUGAGCUAGGAGGACAAGAGAUUCAUCUUCCUGCCGGCGCCGAGGGGGGCAAACGAUCAGCUAAGCGCAAACAGAAAAUGUUGACGGAGUUGACGACGGAAAAAGAUGACGAGGAUCCGUGGAAGGUGUUAGAGGCCAAGAGGGAGAAACCCAAAGGUUUACAUGAUGUGGUGCAGGCACCUCCGGAGUUGAAGCCUGUGAGAGAGAAGUUUAAGACGAAAAAGAUGAAUGGCGCGAAAGUGGAUGUGGAUAAUGUUCCGGGGAAAAGUGGAAGUUUGGCGAGGAGAGAAGAAUUGGGGCAGGCGAGGAAAGAUGUGAUUGAAAGGUAUCGAGCCAUGAUGAAAGGGAAGGGGGGGAUAUGAUGAUGAUCAUGUGUGGCACACACACACACAAGUGCGGUAGACGUGGAAUGGCGCAAACACGUUGCAGGAGACAAGGAGCAUGAACGUUGCGAUUCUAUUUUGGCGGCUUGACGAUAAGAAGUCGGGCUUCGCAAAGCUUCUAUAACAGGGUAUCUCUCAGAACGAACAGUCGAAACCACAACAGAUAUCACAACAUUUCUCUUCACCAUUUCGGUUUACUACUCAUAGGCACGGGUGGUGGCGUGGACCCAUUCUCGCCCCCUAAAGCGGCCUGCAGACUCGCCUUCUUGGGUGGUGGCGGGGGUGGUUUCUUUUGAGCAGCAGUGGCAGCCGCAGCAGUAGCAGCAACGCUAGGGCCAGGCGAUAUCACACCACUCUCUUGCCCAGCUGGAGCAGCGUUGCUCGAUCCAGAAGCACCCAUUCUCGCAAACCUCUGUUGCAGCUCGCUCAGCUGACCACUGGGAGCUUGGCCUGCUGUGGAAGAAGUCUGGUUCUGCUGUCCAAAACGCGAUGCCGCGCCGGAGGCGAAUGAUGCUGCACUUCGAACUUGUUGCGAUGAUGGCAUGGGAACCUGGUGCUGCUGCUGCGUUUGUUGCUGACUAGAUGAACUACCGAUGCCGAAUCCGGGCACUGAGAUGCCUGCGCCGGCUAGUCUACCUGCAGCUCCUUGAUUGAUGGCUGCAGGAUCUUGACCAUGUUGUCCCUGUUGCUGCUUUUGAUUCAUCCACGACGUUGCCGCCUGUACGCCAAAUCUUUGCGCAGCCCCAGUCGCUGCAGCCUCGAAUCUAUUCGAUGUGUUUUGCGCAGGAAGGGGAGGCGAAUUCAGUGCCUCACCAUAGGUUGGAGGCGGAGCGGGCGUGUGUUCAUCAGGAUAUUCAUUCUGGCGUGGUGGCAGAAACGGGGCAGGACCACUAUUCUGUGCUGAUAUGGUUCCCGUGGUUUGCCGUGAAGGAGGAGGAGGACUUAGUGCAAGUUGCCUAGGUGGAACACGAGGAGGCAGACUCGGCGGAAGACUCGGACUCGGACUCGCCGCUCCGCUGCUACUACCACCACCUACAGCGAAAUGCCUCGGAGGAGCCGCGAAGUGGGCUGUGUUUAUGCCUGUAGUAUCUUUCUGAUAAGGUCCUCGUUCCCUGUUCAAUUCCUCUUGUUCUCGCCUCUCCCUCUCCUCUGCUUCCCGCUGCCUUCUCUGCGCAUAUCCUGUCUCCACCACCGGAGCCCCCAGCCCUCCCUUGUGAUCGGUGGGUAUACUUGCCAGCGAGUGCGGUAUGUUCGCUGAUGACACUCCAGCGCCACCGGCAGAGCUUCGACUUGGGACAGCGACGGGAUUGAUCGGGCGGCCAUCUUCGCCAUAAUGCGACCUCGCUUUCGGCGGAGGACCAAAGGUAUCCGGGUCUCGUAGACUGGUCAAUGGCGCCGACUGGUGCUCUCGCUGCUCUGCGAAAGGAUCCUUCUUCUUGCCUGUUGCGAGGCCUUUGAUAUCACUUUUCCAUGUUUCUUUCUUGAUAGCCCUGUCGCCAGCUGGAUGCCAGCCGCCUUUGAACAUAGCCUUGCCGUCGAACGGCAUGACGGGCACAUGCAAGCUGAUUGGGAGUUGUUGUUGUAGGUUGCGC